UAUUAAUACAUGAGUCACACCUUUAGCAAAGUGGCUGAGAUCACGCUCGUCAUUCAAGCUGUAAUAGUGGUAAGUGUUCCUGGAUGUUCACAUCUUGACACUCAACUCGGAGGCGAAGAUGACAAGGACUUUUUUUUGCUCAUAAAAUCAUUUCAAAAUAUAGAGCUUACCUGUGACGAGUUGUGGACGUUUUAUUUCUGAUCGUUGUCGGGACACUGUUAAUUUGGGACCUCGAACGAGACCGUCCUUUCUGAGUCAGCGUGUUCAAAGCUGAUUGUGUGCUGCACCAACGUGUCCUAGUUUCCUCUCAACAGAUCGGCCACACAUCCCCUUGUUUGGAACUGCUCACGUCUUGAGAGGAACUGCACUGCACAAGUCUGAGUGACGAGCUAACAGUCACACUUUUCUUAUCGCUCAACCUUUUUACCUGAGAAUCCAACUCCAGUCGCCUGCCUCAAAAUGAAGUGGAGCUACCGGUCGACCUUGUACAAAGUGGCCCUGGUGUUUAUGUACUUUAUUUUCCUGGUGUUUGUCCUGGCGUUCGCCGUGCCUACAUGGUAUGGGCCUAGUAGUGGAUCGUUUGCUGGUCUGUGGUUAGAGUGUAUACCAGCUAGUGAUGAUGUGGACUUCGAUGACUGCACCACCCUUAAAUUUGAAGAUUCACCGGACUGGAUGAAUGGCGUGCGGGGAGUGUGGGCAGGCGGCGUCUUCUUCUACCUUCUUGCCGUCCUUGUCAGCUUCAUGGAAAACUACUGCUGCUCGGACAAAAACAAAGACCACGGUGUCUCCUGCUGCUUCGCACUUCUGGCAGGUCUGUGCGGUGCCGCUGGUGUGAUUUUGGUGGCCAUCAAAACAGCGGAUAACGAUUUACUCAACCAUUACCGAUGGGGGUUUUUCCUCGCCUGCAUCUCCUCGGGCCUCACCAUCAUCCUGGCCAUCAUGCUGUUCAUCACCCGCGAGCUCACGGUCAUCAACGAGAAGGCUCGACAGUCCCGCACGGCCGACUACGUUUUCGCCCAAAAACCUUACUACCCGGAUUACACCAACCAGGGCUUCCAGCGGGAUGACAUGCCUCUAGCCAACGGCGUAACGUACCACCACUCUCCACACCCUUAUUCCUCAUACCGCGGCGGAGAACAGCCGCCUCAGACACACCCCAGCGCGCCAUACCCCGGCAACAGCCUGCAGCACUCUAGGGGCCAGGCCGUCGGGUAUAACGGCGGAGUCGGUGGCGGUUCUGGGUACCAGCCUUUCGGCUAUGACAUGCAACGUCCCAGCCAGCGGCACAGCAUGGCGGAGUCGGCCGACUUGAGUAACGGCUUCACCACCGAGCUGAUCCACGCCGAGCACAGCCUGAGCCGGACCAACCACAGGGGAGGGGACUACGGACGCACCCAAGACUUUGCCCCGAGACAGCAGGAUUAUUAUAUGAAUGGCAGGUACUAAAGGGGGUGGAAAAGGCCGAGAGAAUUCAGAGAAAUUACAUGAGUGUCUUUGGGCUCAUUUCCUACUAUUGCAGGGUUACCUCAACAACCUUUAGCUGUCCACAUAUUGUCCAAAAAGUAUUGUUUGAUUUGAUUUAGCUAAAAGAUUUGUUUUGUUUUUCUUAAUAACUCCAAAAUAAACCCUGCCUCAGUUCUAAAACGCUAUCAUCUAUUGUAUCAUUUCUAGUACUACACAGAAAGUAACAACAUUCUGAAAGCUGUAACCAAUUAUUUUUAAUGAUUGGAAAUGAAAUGGUUUUGAAGGGAAGGUGUAUUCCUAUAACUUUGAACAUUUGAGCAGUAGUAGUAUUCACAGAUAUUGGAAGAAGUUCAUCUGGGAACAUAUAAUCAUGAAGCAUUAUUCAUGCUUUCAGCUGUCUUCAUCGCCCCCCUCCCCCCCCCCCCCAACUUUCCCCCUCUUCCCAAGAUGCAUACAAUACAUGUAUAGUGUAUGGUAUUAUAGAUUCAAACUCAGAUCUGAAAUAAGGAAUGUACUUUUCUGAAAAAUUACAGUCUUUGCUUCAUUUAUUUCCCACAUGUUUAGAGAGUGAUAAAAGGAAAGUUUUUGUUAGUAAUUUGAGAGCAGACUAGACGUGCGGGAAGCAGAUAAGCCAUCAGACUUCGUGCUGAGUAGAUCAGAACAUUGAUGUUACGUCAUCUCACCAUAGUCUUGCCGUGUUCGGUUUUUUUACAAAAUCUUUUUGUAGCUUGACUGUAUUACAAAACUUGUCAGCACAUGCUUUUUUUUUCAUUUGGGAAUAACAUUUUCGUGUCAAAGGAGGUCAUACUAUAUAUCUAUGCAAUCUUGUAGAUACUGAUGUAAAAUGUGCAUAUUGAUGGGACAGACUGUGCCAAAGUGUAGGAUAUGGAAAGCUUUGUAAGAAAAUGAUAAUGGGAUGAGUUGUUGUUUGUUUUUUUCAUCCCAUGCUAUUGAGGGAAAAGUUUUAGGUUUUUUGAAAAAAAUACAAUAAUGUGUUUCAGUUGAAGUGCACUGACUUUGGAAGACUUCAUUCGUCUUACUAUUGUACAUUUCAAAAUUCUACAACAACCCACAAAUGUGUGCAUUGUCAGAUAGAAAAGAUUAAGAAACAAUAUAUUACUCUUGAGUAAUCUGAAAAAAAAACUUUUUCAGAGGCAAUGAUGUAUUUUCCUUUUCCUUGGCUGUUGUGUACUCAUCAUUAUCUUUGCCUUUACCAUGAUGCUGUGAUGCCCUCCAAACAUGCCUAAUACACUGGUAGUUAGGCUGUCUUAUUACUAAGAUAGCCUAGACUGGUAGUCAGUACUGACACGGAAGUACAAAGUUCUGUUUCUCGUUUAAGUUACUGUCUUAACUAUUCAUGCUAUCAAGAUAUAUUAUAUCUUUGUGAAAAGCGUAUUCUGAUGAUUUCAUGAAUUAUUUGCAUCUCACGUGAUUUUUUAGGCUAUUUGUAAAUUGAUUGAUACCUUCCCAGUGACUGAAAUUUUGAAGAAAGUGAACCUUUUACGUCUAAAAUUGGAUGAAAUGCAAUGACACUAUUUAGAAAGUAUGGAUGGAGGCAUAAUCGCCUUGUCAAACAUUUUGUAUAUUAUGCAGAAUUUUACAUGGCAGGAUACUUACAUUUUACCAAAUUGAAAAAGUUAACAAUGCUUCACUUCACAUUUGACAUCGUUUACGUGACUGGAUUUUGAGGAUGGCAUCAUUAUAUUGUCAGUGAUGUGACUGAAUACGUAUAAUUUCUGUAUCAUGCAUAUUCUUUUUUCUUUUUUGUUGUUAUUUUUUAAAAAGUAUGAAUAUAUAAGUGAUCAUGAACUAGGUUUUUGCUCAUCACAUAGAUGUAUGUUUGAGUGUGCAAGAAAGGAGAGAUAGUGAGUGAGAAGGAGAAACUGAUAGAAAAUCAAGCACACAAUUGAAGAAAUUAUUAUUUUGUGAACAGGAAUGAAUGGUUAGUGUAAAAGAUUGUCUUGAUAACUAUCCCUAUUGUUAUAAUGAGUGAAUUAUACUGUACAAAAGCAAAGCUUCUUCCUUCACUACUUUUUCCUUUAUGUCAGGCGUUUACAGAUGAGUGUACACAAUUUGAAUUGGCUUCACUUACAUAAACAGUUGGCCUACAGCUAUCUUGUGACAGUCUUGCAAGAGACUUAAGAAAAACGACGUUGUUCACUUGUCUGCUAUAUUGUUUUUGUUCUUGUUGCUGCAGUGGCAUUGUGGCAAAGUUUUUGUAUGGUUUACUUGUUCCUGUUCCAAGUCGGACCCAUGUUCGUUUGUUAAUAAGAGUGCUUAAAACAAGCAGAUUAUGAGAAGCUUAAGCAGUCUCUCGAGACAACUUAAAUGUUCAGGGUAAUAAUUUUUGUGUUUUUUUGUCGCAAAUGCAAAGCUUCUUUUCUGAGAAUAGUUGUUACUCUUUGUCUUGUCAACUUUCAAAGUGGCUCCUUCUGCCUGUUUUUGGGGGGAACAAAGCUUACAUUAUACAAUAUGUGAACAUGUUAGCAAAUAAAUGAGGAACAGAUUUUUCUCUGCGUAGUUUCUAUUUAUAAUUUCAGAAUAUUUCAUAAUGUCUGAGUCUGUUGUUGAUCAGGACACACUCAGUCAUUUUACGUGUGAGGUUAAAGCUGACAUUGCAAGGAGGAGCCACACAAAAAUUGCAUCGUAUAGUGUAGAACUACAUGUACAGGUGUGCGCAAAUAUAAUCUCACACAAACAUUUUGUUAUGGCUUUAUAUCCAUGUUUGACAAUAGACAGUCAUACACAUACUACAAAUCAACUGCUUAGUGGAAUACUCCAUCAUUAAUGUACUUUUCGUAAUUGCGUGUGGCGGAGUCAUACACUAAGAAGUCAAAGUGUGGUGUGGAACAUUCAUAGAGGGUACUUUUUAACUCCCUUUCGGAAAGAGACAGGUUUCAAAAAAUGUUUAUAAAUAUAGUAUAGAGACAGUAGAUCAAUCACUACGAGAUCUCUUGUUUGAGAAGUGAUUUCCCCUCCCCUGUAUCAGAAUGAAAAUUUUGGUGGGGUCAGUAGCCUAGUGGUUAGCCUGCCAGACCCAUAAUCAUGAGACAGCAGGUACAGGGUUUCGAGCCUCAGCCCAGUCCAACGUGGUGUCCUUGGGAAAGGCACUUAACAUGAAUUUCUUUUUUGGCUUGGUCUUUUCAGAGGUGGAUACUAAACUCGGAGGUCCCGCCUCUUAAACAACCGAAUAGGGGCAUUAAACCUAUACCAUUUUCAGAAGGAAGUUUUGUUUUUGAAAAUUUGCAUUAUUGUUUUCGAAAAGUCCGCUUUUCUCUUAAGACGAGACGUGUUGAUCUUUAUCUGUACUAGCUGCAUACGAGGCAAUGUUUACCUGGCACUAUGUUUUUAUGAUAUGUGCGUUACUGUCAUCUGAGACGGCUUGGUCAUGUUCAUUUUCCACAUGGCCUUGACCAUCAGCUUACAUUGUGCAUUGUGCAUAGACUGAAGCCAUGCAUAAAGAUCAUAUGUCAAAUUCAGGAAAAAAACACAUCUUUUUGCAAAGACUUCUAUACCGCAAUAUUGCAGAAGCUGAUUUUUCUUAAGUUACAUUCUCUCACCGUGCAAGGUUUUAAAGCACAUUGUGGGUUAAAUCCUGCUCUUUUCACAAGUCACAAUUCAUUUGUCUCAUGAUAUGAUUGUCAGCGUUAUGUUUCAAAUGGUAAUGAAUUAAAUACUGAAUUAUCACUCAUGUUUGCUUUUGAAGUCAUUUUUUGGCAUCAGAUUUCAUUGACGUGAACCACAGCCACUGUCAGCCUUGGGUAUUUUUUUUUUUUUUUUUUUUUUUUUUGGUGAUUCAAUUUGUACAAUAUUUUGUAUGUUUACAACUUAAUUGUUUAAAGUCCAAAAAGUUGUAGUCCAACUGAUCAUGAGCGGUCAUCCAAUGAUCACCAUUCCUUACUUGCUCAGAGGGUUUGUGGUGGGAGUUUGGCUAAACUACAACGUUCCCUCACUAGCCCAGAGACGUUCACUAGGGUUUCAGAUUUAGAGUCUGUAGGACUCAUUAGAUUAGCAACAUGUAGAUCUGUUAUGGUAAACACUUGGAACUUAGAAGGAUUGACUAAUUUAACUAAAGGAUCAGGUAAAAGAAAAGUAUAGCACCCCCCUCCCCUUACCCCAUGCUUUCACUUGUCACAAUGAUCACAGCCAGCUGCUUCCAGUUCUUGUAAGAUGAAAAGCAACAACCCUGCUGUGACCCCUUUUGGAUCUGUGCACUAGGUCAAGCACUUUCAAAAUAGGGGGCUUUACUUUACUUUUACAGAUGAUUAAAUAAGCUUAGAUGGGAUUACACCAUAACACGUCUUAAAGGGGUGUUAAUAAUUUCAUUGCUUUUGAACCACUUAAUCUGGAAAAACUGAUUGACUUGAAGAUUAGGCCACAAACCACUGGAAAUGUAUUCAGCCAACAUUUGUUUCUUUUCUUUUUCUUUGUUCAAUCAUUGAAUCGUGUGCCUAGUUCCUUUGUACAAAAGAAAACAGAAAUGAAUCAAAUUUUAUACUAUUAUAUUAUCGUUUUGUUAAACUUUCAUCUACCUAAAGUUGUGUAUUAUUUUAAAUAACUAACAUAUAUUACUGAAAUAAAAUAUUUAUUGUUUCUAC